AUGACAAGUACUAAGAGUUUCAUCGUGUUUUCACUUCUGGCUGUUUCGUGCUUAUGUCAGAGGCCGUCUUACGCGGGAAGAAGACCUAUUGGAUAUCCGAUUCUUGGUGAAACACCAAUAUCAACGUCUAAUGAUGAAUUAGGGGACGGAUUGGUAACAGAAGUACCAAAAACUACAGAAAGAAUUCCGAUCGAGGCAUUGGGGGAUAUAAAUUUAGUCAAGCGACUUUACAAGAUUCCGUUAGAUAAACAACCUUAUUGGUUCAUUAAUUGGAAAGCUUUAGAUGAACACAGAAAUAAACCGCAGACUUAUCCUUUGAGGCCCAAUAAUUAUAUACACCGUAUCCAUAAAUCGAACGAUACUGUUGGGUAUAAAUAA